AUGACAUCAAAAGAUGCUUCAUUCCUGAUUGACAAUAUCUAUGUGGUUUUCGGAGAUCUGGACUUCCAACAAUCUAUUGGAAUUCCUUUAGUUUCCACGUGUAGUGAUAACCCAUGUCAACAUGGACGUUGCCGUGACGUCACAGGUGGAUAUACGUGUACCUGCGAUCCAGGUUAUGCUGGGAAAAACUGCGAAAGAGUUGCAACCUGUAGGGAUAAUCCGUGUCAGCAUGGGCAUUGUCGUGACGUCGGUGGUGGGUACAGAUGUACCUGUGACCCUGGGUAUACGGGGAAAAACUGUGAGAGAGUUAUCACAUGCAGUGACGCUCCGUGUCGCCACGGUCGCUGUCAGACUGUGGGAAGAGGAUACACAUGUGCCUGUGACCUUGGAUUUGCAGGGAAGAACUGUGACAGAGGAGCAACAUGCAGUGAUAAUCCUUGUAAAAGAGGAACGUGUCACGGGGGAUCGGGAGGGUACAGCUGUACGUGUCCUCCAGGAACAGCAGGGAAGAACUGUGAAAGAGUUGCUGUUUGUAAGGACAAUCCGUGUGUUACUGGCACGUGUUCUGACACGCCCACUGGAUUCCGUUGUUCUUGUGAUGCCAUGCACACUGGUCGUUUGUGUGAGACAGCUAUAACAUGCAGUAGCCGCCCGUGCCAGCAUGGUUCAUGUAAGGAUACAUCACACGGAUUCAGCUGUACCUGUGAUGCCGGAUAUAAAGGGACCACGUGUAACACGCAAUUUUUCACUCAGUUUGAGAUGCCACCUUUUGCCGAUGGAGGGCUGCAAAUUCAAACCUAUACUCAUUACAUUUCGUCUUUCAAAGACUGCUUAAUUGUUUUCUCUGAUCACACAGGUGUCACAUGUUCAGACAACCCGUGUCAGAAGGGGGCGUGUCAUGAUGGAUCAGGGGGAUAUCAUUGUACGUGUUCCAUGGGGUACACAGGAAAGAACUGUGACAGAGGUAAGCCUCACCCUAACCCUGAGGUAAUUGUGACCGUGUACAUAGCGUAA